AAAGCCACGAAAAGGAAUUCGUCCCCGCCCCGUGUCCUCGCGCUCAGCUCUCUGGGUUUCACCUGCGCUCCCACACUGAGAGGCUUCUGAGAGAGUUUCGGACUUUCCAUACCUCUUCCGCACAGGAGUGACAUAUCUGCGGGCCAUAUUUGUACAGCAGACAAGACUUCAACUCCUCAUUUCUUGAAGCUCACCAGAGUUAUCCAGAAGCCCCGACAGCUAGGCUACUUUAUAAAGAUGGAUUCGGCUGCUUUCCUGUUGCUGGUCUUCGUGAGCGCCGGGAGGCUUCUCAAAGUGUGGGGUACAGAAAGCGUGACUGCCUUAUAUGGAGAGACCAUUGUUAUACCAUGUAACGGUGGAGCUCUGGCACCAGAGGAUCUGAUGUUCAUCAAGUGGAAAUACGAAAAAGACGAUGGCACUCCUGGCGAUCUGUUGAUCAAACAGGCCCGCAACGACCAGGCCACGGUUCAGGCCACAGACCAUUAUGCCCAGCGAGUCAGCAUCGAUGACAAGUUCAGCCUUCUCAUCACUCAGGCCUCACUCAAAGACCAAAAGACCUUCACCUGCAUGGUUGUGUCAGACACCAACCUCAUGGAGUUCCCCGUCUCUGUCGUUGUUUACAAGAAACCAUCAUCAGUUCUGAUUAUGGACAAAUCUGAAGUAUUGCAGAAGGAGAAACCAAUAACGCUGGGAACAUGUGUUGCGGCAGAUGCCAACCCUGCAGCUACUCUUACAUGGAAAAAGAAUGGAAAACCCUUGGUAGCCGAUGGGAAAGCCAUUGUGAUCACCCCCAGCAUGAAAUUGGAUCCAGCCACAGGCCUAUCCACCACCUCCUCCACCCUCCAGUAUGCAGCCACCAAGGAGGACAUUGGCGCAGUCUUUGCCUGUGUGUCCACACAUGAGCUGAUCAAUCAGGAGACUGACCUGGAACCCUUUCCCAUUCACUAUCCAUCAGAGAAGGUUAGCCUCCAGAUUAUGUCCAAGGGGUCCAUCAUAGAAGGAGAUAACGUGACACUGAAGUGUCACGCUGACGGCAACCCUCCACCCAGCUCCUUCUUCUUCUACAUCAAGGGCCAGAAAAUGCUGGAGGAAAAUUCAGACAACUACACUUUGACUGGCAUCAGCAGAGAGGCUACGGGUGAAUACAAAUGCUCGCUGGCUGACAACGAGAAAAUGGAGGCCUCCCAAAGCAUCAUUGUUAGCUACCUGGACCUGAGUCUGAGUCCCACUGGAAAGGUUAUAAAGACAGUAGGGGACGCCUUGUCUGUGAAGAUGGAGAAGAGUGCCUCAGGGGAUGCUAAAGUGUCAUGGACAAAGAAUGGAAAGGCAGUGAAGGAGCCAGAGUUUAGCAAGUUGACCUAUGCUGAUGCAGGUGUCUACGUAUGCAAGGUUUCCAUGACCGGCCUCACACGAUCUCAGAGCUUUGAACUGGUUGUAGAAGGGAAGCCUGUGAUCAACAGCCUAACCAAACACCAUGCUGAUGAUGCCAAACACAAAGUUCUGACCUGCGAGGCUGAGGGAGUACCAGAACCCAGCUUCCAUUGGAGCGUCAAUAGCACAAACGAGGAGAGCUCCUAUGUCAACGGCAAGGCCACCCAUAAAAUCACAGUGAUCCCUAAGGUGAACCUGACUGUCACCUGCAGCGUCAGAAACAAGCUGGGAGAAGAUGUCAUGACCAUCAAUGUUUCCUCUGUUUUUAUGGAGGAAAAUAUGGAAAAAGGCUCUCAGGAGGAUUCAGAGGACCAAGCAAAGCUCAUUGUGGGUGUUGUGGCAGGGCUCCUCAUAGUUGCUGCCAUGGUGGGACUCAUCUACUGGCUCUACAUGAAGAAUUCAAGACAAGGAAGCUGGAAAACUGGUGAGAAGGAGUUGGGAACAUUUGAGGAGAGCAAGAAACUAGAGGAGAACAACCACACUGUUUAAAAGCACUUAGGCUGUACUGCAUGGGAUGAGAGAAGAAGCAGUUGAAAGCAGCCUUGCAACAUUAAAAAUACAGACUCCCAGUUGGCUGCUGACGCACUCCAUCAGGCUCCACAUAAGCAGCAAUCAGAGUCAUUUUCCACGAAGUCCUGCUCACAGCCUGCUGUCCCACCUCACUGUUUGAAGUCUGCACUGAGGCUGCCUCGUGUUACUGUGUCAUUUUGUUUUUUGUGUUUCUGGUGAAUGCUCCCUGUUAUGUUUUGUUUGAGCAAUUCCGUGAGGCGGGGGGGGGGUGUUCCACUUAGUUUUUCCUUUAGUUUUUAGGUUUUUUUUGUUUGUUUCUUCUUCUUGACUUUCUUUAAAGAAUGUAAAUUCCUUGUACACAUUUUAAGGCCUGUAUUAAUUUUCUGUGUGCCCUGGCUGAGCAUGCCAAUGUCUAUUUUUAUUUUUAGCCUUUGUGUAGCUGUGCUCAGAUAAAAAGACACUUCACGGCUGUAUAACCCUGCUGAAACUCUCCUCAAACUUUUCAGAAGAUAACUUUAACAUAACUUAAUCUCCUGACUGUUUUCUGGUGUUUAAACACUGGCAAAUGGAUAGUCUGAAAAUCUAGUUAAUGGAUGCCCACAAAAAGUAGAGUCCUAGUUAUAAUCAUGAUAUUAAAUUAGGAACUGGAUGCACUGUGAAUGAUUUCUAUACAUGCAACUGUGACCACUAAAACCAAAGUUACUGUGUUUUUAAAUUGCAUUUGUGUAGACAUAAAUUGGACAUCAGCACACUGAGCAUUAUGACACACUCAACCACUAAUUUGUUGUUUUUGUAAAUGACUUUUUGUUAGUUUCAAGGGGGACUUUUUAAUUCCUUUAUAUUGCAAAUAAUUUUAUCUGAAAAGGCAAAAAGAAAUGAAAAGGAAAGAAGUCAGGCAAGGGCAAAAACUUGUAAGAAAUGCUAAAGUGUGUUCUGCUGUGAACGUUUCUUUUUUAAGUUCAUGCUAAAAUGAGUUUGUUCAUCUGUAAUUCAAUUUAAUACACUACAUUGAUGUCUUCAUUUCUUCACCUGUCUGCUCUACAGUUCCUGCACAAUCCUCUCAGGGUUGAGACCAUGGUUUUUGAGUAGAUUUAAUAUUUUCUGUUUCAUGUUUUCAUUUUGGAAGAGUUUUUUGUGUUUUUGAUGUAUUUAUAAAUUGCGUGCAACCUACUUGGAUGGCGAUGCUGCUGCAUGCAAGUUAAUUCUUUUUUAAGUCUGCAUGGAAGGCAUCAUCAAGUGUUGAAAAAGUACCGCAUGGUUACAUGGUUACAUGACUUACUAUACAGUAUCCGUGCUCAUUCUCUGCUGUACUAUUAUUGUUAUUAUUAUUAUUAUUAUUAUGUUAGCUCAGUGGUGUGAAGGAUAAUCCAAACUGAAGACAAUGGUUGAGAUGGGCAGAAUAGAUGAGGUGCAUAAAAAUGAUGGCUCUCUGGGUUUCUAUCAUUUUGCUCUGGUUCAUCCCACAAUCCAAUACCCCAGUGACCCACCAAAGAGCAAGCAUUGAUAAGACAGUUUGAGGGGAAUCAUAAAACUUGUUAACAUUUACUUGGUACACAAUUGUUUCUUAAACUUGCUGAAUACACUUGCAUAUUUAUGACUCAUGUUGUUCUGAUAAAUAACUUGACAAAAGAAGCAUCAACCUUUCACCUCAAGAUAAAAUCUGUUAAUAUUUCUGAGAAUACCAGUGGAUUGUGACUAAUCCCAAUAGUCUGAUUUAUAAUAAGUUUGCCUUUUGUUCUUUUUUGAAAUAACCAAAUAAUCAGGUCAGCAGUGAAACCAAAGAGAAUAAGAUGAGAAGGCCAUAGUAGUGUUGUAAAUACAGACUUUUGUUUUUGUACUGUUGACAAUAAAGUGUACAUUUUGGAGGGAAAAAAAUGGUUAUGUGCGGUGUAUGUGGGUAUCAAAGAGUCCCAACAUACUGUAUAUAAAUGCAUAUUUAUAUGCACAGACACACAGUAGUAUGUAAUUUGGAGUGUUUCUUUCCAUAAUUAUGUUUGAGUAUUUAAAGAAAUUAAAUUAAUUACCCCAAGGGGAAUGUAAAGUAAAAAAUAGUAGCGCCUAUUUUUAUUCCUUGAUGACCUCUAUGAAAGACCUGUGCCAGGUGAGGCAGAAUCCAGCACGUUUUGUAAUUGUAUUGGAUGAUGUGGCAUCUCUUCUAGUCAGAGUGGUUUACAGCCAUUCCAGAAUGGAGUUACUUUUCCUUCCACCUUACUCUCAAUUUCUCAACCCAUAGAGGUAUUUUUUUCCCUUAUGAAGGUAGAAAGUCCCUCUUGCACGCAAUGAAUGCUGGAUGUCUGGACAUAUCUGCAGAUGAUUGCCAGGGAUGGAUCAGGCAUACAAAAAGAUCCUUUCCCAGGUGUAUUGCAAGAGAGGACAUAAGGUGUGACGAAGAUGAAAACGUGGCCAGAUGAAGAAAUGCAGGGUUGACUAGAACUGUUAUGUUUCUAUAUCUGUACCUCCUAUACAAGUAUGUAUAGUGAAUAUACAGUAUAUGGUUUUGUAUUACAUUACUGGAAUUACUUUAGUUUCAUUUUAUCUCUUGGAAUUACUUAUGGCAAAAAAAAAUAAAAUUAAUUUCUGACACAUACUAUAAGGUAGCACAAUGCAUGCAAUAAAGAAGUUACCUUA